CACCUGGAGUAUGGGAAUACAAAUUUGUUUCUUCCACUAGAAGUUAACAACUCCCAUUGUGCACUGAGUCGUAAGUCGUAAGGGAAUUGCUUGAGAAUUGAGAUGGAGAAAUAGGAUUCCGAAGCGAGGUGUGGUGUUAUUGGUUCAGUUAUUUUCACAAACAGAUUGUGCUCCACUCUUUAUUAAUGUGGGCACGGUGGGUGCAGAACACGUAGUCAUUGUGAGAUCUGUAACUCAUUGUUCAUCCCUUAGCUAUUGAUCGUUUUUUCUUUCCUUUUACCCUUCUCUCAAUUUCAAUCGAUAGCAAAAGCCGUUUCUGGACCCAAUUGCUUUGUUCAGAUCUGUGAAGCCUCGAAAACCCAAAGAUACUAAUAGUAAUCAUAACACCAGAGGAGUGUCGAGCUGGAGUCCAUUCAGGAAACCCAAUCCUUGAAGGCUCCCCCGGCCGGAAACGGACAGAUCCGGUACCGAUCACCAUCUUCAGCGGAACUCCUUGAGGGGCAGUCAACUUCUCCGCCACAUACAGAUCAGGAGUUUGAGAAAAUGUUGAAGCGUUCGAGUAGGCAACACGAAUCCCUCUCUGACAAGAUCUACAGAUUUCGAGGCGUAAUCCUAGUGAUCUCGAUCCCACUGCUACUUAUCUCCUUUGUUCUCUUCCUCAUGCCCACCACCACGACUUCUCGCUCCGGUGCCUUCCAGCAAUACCCCUUAGUCCACCGCAAGGCUUCUCCUCACUCCCAAUCUAGGACCUACGCCGUCAUCUUCGAUGCGGGCAGUUCUGGCAGCCGUGUCCACGUUUUCUGCUUCGACAGCGAUUUGAAUCUUGUCCACAUUGGAAAAGAUCUCGAGCUCUUCUUGCAGAGAAAACCAGGUUUAAGCGCAUAUCCAACGGAACCCCAGCAAGCUGCAGAAUCUCUGCUGCCCCUUCUAGAUAAAGCUGAAAAUGUUGUUCCAGCAGAUUUGCGUCGCAAGACACCGGUCAAAGUUGGGGCAACUGCUGGUUUAAGGGCAUUGGGAAUUGAUGCAUCUGAUAGAAUUUUGCAAGCGGUCAAGAAUUUUCUUAAAGACAAAAGCACCCUGAAAUCCAAGCCAGAAUGGGUCACCGUCUUAGAUGGAUCGCAAGAAGGUGCUUUUCAGUGGGUGACCAUAAACUAUCUAUUAGGGAAUUUGGGAAGGAAAUACUCUCAUACAGUUGGAGUGGUUGAUCUUGGAGGUGGUUCUGUUCAAAUGGCAUAUGCCAUCUCAGAGACAGCUGCUGAAAAGGCUCCAAAGAUCUCAGAUGGAGAGGACACAUAUGUUAAGGAAAUGUACCUCAAAGGAACAAAAUACUUCCUCUAUGUUCACAGUUAUUUGCACUAUGGUCUAUUAGCAGCUCGAGCAGAGAUUCUUAAGGUUGAAAGUUCUGAGAAUCCAUGCUUGUUGGGUGGUUUUCAUGGGACAUACACAUAUGGAGGAGUGACUUAUGAAGCAUCAGCUCACCCAAGCGGCUCAAGCAUGGAAAGAUGCAGGAGGGUGGCUUUUAGGGCUCUCAAAGUUAAUGAAUCAACAUGUACCCACAUGAAAUGCACAUUCGGUGGGAUAUGGAAUGGAGGAGGGGGGGAUGGACAGAAGAAUUUGUUUGUUGCUUCAUUUUUCUUUGACAGAGCUGCUGAGGCUGGAUUCGUUGAUCGCAACCAGCCUGUAGCCAAAGUUCAGCCUAUGGAUUUUGAGGAUGCAGCCAAGCGAGUGUGCGAGACUAAACUUGAAGAUGCCAAAUCUAAAUUUCCACUUGUGGAGGAGGCCAACCUGCCAUACUUAUGCAUGGAUCUCGUCUAUCAGUUCACAUUGCUAAUAGAUGGAUUUGGCCUAGAUCCCUGGCAAGAAAUUACAUUGGUGAAGCAGGUUAAAUAUGGCGAUGCCCUUGUUGAAGCAGCAUGGCCACUAGGGAGUGCCAUUGAUGCCGUGUCAUCAUUAACAUAGUUACAUACCAUGGAAUUAACUUGAUUGCCCAUUGGAAAUUGCAGUCGAAUGUGGUUCUUUAGCAUCAGCUGUUUCGAGCGUGUAGAGUAUCCACACUCAAUAAUAUAGUGAGAAGGCAGAGAACUACUUUCGGCUAUCAAGUUGAAUUGCGAAUUGGAUUUUGGUCUAAUCUUUUGGGAAUAAAAGAGAAAUUCAUUUAUCUUCA